UUCUGCUGUAAAACAUGUAGAAACCUCCACCUGCUCCUCCUGCAGACUCUCUGAAUAUUCAUAUAUUCUAUUUAUCUGAGUGUUAAUGAACCUGUCAGUUCAGCUUCCAGCAGUAUGGUCAGGAUUCUGAUUAUUUCACUGUUUACAGCUUCAACCACUUCACAACCAAAGUCCACUCUUCCAACUUUUCCACCGUCAACAUUUCUCCCAUCAGUCUCCACGGCAACAACACCAACAGAAGAGAGUUUGAGCUCCACUUCAGGAACAUCUAAACCUCCAUCAGCCUCCUCUGAAGACAUCAGGAAGCAAGACUCAUCUUCAGCCUUCACGGCAACAACACCAACAGAACAGAGUUUGAGCUCCACUUCAGGAACAUCUAAACCUCCAUCAUCCUCCACUGAAUCCUCCGAGCAGCUCGUCUCAUCUCCACCACGUUCAGAUCAGCAGCUUUACAUGGGUCUGAUUCUGGUGGUCAAGAUCUUCAUUUUAUCGAUCCCUUUGAUGAUUUUCUGUAAGAAGAGAAGAUCCACCAAACCUAAAGGUCCUGUGGAGACGAUCUACAUCAACGUCUCAGAGUCCAGCAGAGUGAUUGAGGAGAUCAGAGAGGACAGACAGAUCAGUUCUCCUCCUGUGGAAACAUCUUCACUUCAGCCCUCCUUUAAGACUGAAACAUGAAAAUGCUGCACUUUUCCUUCAGGACUCCUGUAGAAACUCCUGCUUUUCUUCUGUCUGCUUUUAAAGCUUCCUCAGGUGUGAAGAGUGAACAUUUAUUUCCUGUGAUCUCAGCAGAAACUCACCUUUUGUAACUCUGAUCUCAACAAGCUCUUCGUAUGAAUCAGGGAAAGAUUAUCCUCCUUCUUCAUUAUUCCAUUUACUUAAAGCUUCAGUUCCACAGAGCAUGAUACUGCCACCUCCAUGCUUGAUGGUAGGUUUGGUGUUCUUGGAUUUCAAAAAGACCCACUGCUACAGCCACCAGUACUGGUGUACCGUUUUGUUUAGAGGUGGUGUUCUGUUGGGCCUUUGUGUGGGAGAAAUUUAUGUUUGGGUUCAGCUGUGGCUUUUGUAGUCUUUGGAACCCCAGCUGCCAGCCAUUUCAGCUGAUGACACAGAGCUGAUGACGACCUGCACUGCGAUCUGGUUCUCCCCGCCCUUCAACCUUCCCGAUUGGGCCACCCUCCAGCUCCUCCUCCUCCUCGGACCAAUCAGAGGCAGCCAGGCACCACACCUGUAAACUAUAUAGCUGCCACCAUGCCAUUAGUCAAGGUGGCUGGUGGCUAUGACCAGUCCACCCUGGUGCCUCUUCGUAUUGUGGAUCUGUGUAUUGCUUUGGUUUGUAAGCACUUGUGAUGGGUGCUACAGACAAGUUCGACCUUCUGUUGGCAGCUUUAGUUUAGUGUGGAGCCCUACGUGUCAGUGGAGACUGAGGCUCCAAUUCGUAGUCUGCCAACUGUGUGUAGGAGCCACUUAGCAUUCUGAGUAUUUGUGAACUGUGCGUUCAGUAUGUAUCCUUAUUCAGAGGCACCAGUUUUGUUUAGUUCGUUUGUACACCCUUUGUAUUAGUUUUUGUUCCUGGUGGUGGGUGUUGCUCCUGUAGUUCGGUUUGGCGAGGGAGUUUAGUUGUUUUCUUUGUGUUAGCUUAGUUACAAACUCUGUUAGCCCUCGUUAUGUUUUAUUCCGUUCUUUGUUUUAGCAACACCCACCAGUCUUGUGUUUCAUUGUCACUUUUACGUUCCUUUGCUACUAAGCAAUAAAUCUCUUAACCUAAACCAAGAACACCUGGUAAUUUUGUUGCAUCCAGCCAACCCCUAGCGGUUGGAUCGUAACACUCACUCAAGACAGUCUGACACCAGUCCUAAACCAGUCCUAAAAAGGUCUAAAACCAGGACCAAAAUCAAACCCAAUGCAAU